GUUAUGAACGCAGGCAGAUGUUCAUCACUCAGCUCUGAAGCAAGACCUGUUUCUGGCGACUAAAUGAAACGAUGGUUUGUCCAAGAUGCUGUGGCUCGUCUCUGCGCUGUACCUGGUGGUGAGGUGUGCAGCUUUUAAGGUGACUGUGCCUGCUGGUCGUUUGGUGGGCAUCCGUGGUCAGCCGGCUGUCCUGGGCUGUGAGUUCAUCCCUGACUCUUAUCUUGACAUGUCCAACCUGGUGGUCACAUGGCAGCGGAAGGAGGAUAACCGGGUUGUCCACAGUUUCUAUUAUGAACAGGACCAGCUGGCUCGGCAGAGCACAGAUUACCAGAACCGCACGUCACUGUUCGUGACGGAGCUGCUGAAAGGAAAUGCUUCACUCAGGAUAGAGGCGGUGACACCAAAGGACGAGGGCCAAUAUCUGUGUAUGGUGAGCAACACCAGAGGAACAGAUAAAGCACUGGUGAAGCUGGAAUAUGGAGCCUUCUACACAGAGCCCAGACUGAGCAUCAGUUUCAGCUGCUCCAACAUGACGGUGUGGAUCGAGGCUGAGGGUUUUCCUAAGCCAGAUGUCAGGUGGUUAGGUGACCAGGGCCAGAACCUGACCCACCAGACAGAAAUCACAGAGAGUCCGGAUGGAGCAGCUGGACUUUAUCGUCUAAAGAGCAGUUACGUGACGCAGAGUCCAGCACUCAAUGUGACUUUCACAUUAAUGAACCAGCGUCUCAAUCAGCACCUGCAGAGACCCAUGAGCCUCACAUACGAUGAAAUCGGUGCCAGAUGUGGAACAAGCAUUCCAGUAAUUGUGCUCUCGGUGCUGUGUUUCCUGCUGUUUGCUAGCUGCAUGAUGUUCCUGCUCAUAAAUCUACGGAACAAAAAACUGCUGCAGACGAUUCUAUCACCUUACCAACCAGCAAAUCCAGAAUUUCCUCUCGACAGCAAGUAACCUGGGCGGCUAGAGGAUGAUCUCACCACUUGUCUGUUGAAUAAGCCUUUAACAGGCCACUGCUGAAGGAGUGUAGGGGGAAACCUCGGACAAAGGUCACAUAAGGACAUCUCUGAAAGACGCUAAACCUCCCCACAUAGAGUCAAAUGGCAUUAAAAACAACCCAGUAAGUCGUUGCUAUCAGACACAGCAGUGCUGCUGAAUUUUUUAAACACCUCAGUGUCGCUGCUGGACUAAGAACCAAAAAUAUCCAGCCAACAGCAGCCUGUGGGCAGCGUCCUGUGACCACUGAUGAAGGACUAGAGGAUGACUGACACAGUGUGGUAACAGAUGAGUUAUCGUCUCUGACUUUACAUCUCCAAGGUAGAACAACAAGAUGGAAGUGUCUAAUAGAGUGCACAGUGAGUGGACACAGUGUUUAAAAACUCCAGCAGCACUGCUGUGUCUGAUCCACUCAGACCAGCGCAAC